AUGUCGGCAGCACCUUUAUACACAACCGCCUCGGGGAGACUAUGGCAUGCCGGUCUGGUUCUCAUCUGCGUGGUCGGACUACCGGCGCGUGGCAAGACGCAUGUUUCCCGAUCGAUCGAGCGCUACUUACGCUGGCUCGGGGUCAAGUCCGAAGUGUUCUCGUUGGGUGAUCAUCGUCGAAAGAUGAUGGGAGACCCGCAAGAGCUCCCGGCUGACUAUUUCGCUACUGACGGCAGUCAGAGUGAAGCCACUAAAGUCAUGCGUGAUAACAUUAAGCGAAGUCUCCUCCGUUUGGUUGAUGAUUUCUUCCACCAAGGGGGACAGGUGGCCAUCUACGACGCAAAUAAUGGAACUCGAGCGGGCCGUCAGCAUCUACGCCAAGAGUUCGAAGCGAAAGGCGUGCAUGUGAUGUUUAUCGAGAAUGUUUGCGACCGAGACGAGAUCAUUGAGAAGAACAUAAAAGCGGUGAAAAUUUCUUCUCCGGACUAUAAAAAUUGGGAUCCAGAGGCUGCGACUGCCGAUUAUUGGAAACGGGUCAGAGACCACGAGAAAUCAUACGAACCUAUCGAACAGCCCAGCUUCCCCUUUGUCAAGGUAGUCAAUGUUGGGGAAAAAAUUGUGGUGAACAACAUAUCUGGUUACUUGCAAUCUCGAAUUGUGUUCUAUUUGAUGCAAAUCCAUAACACCUACCGCACCAUUUGGUUUGCACGAUCGGGACCAUCGAGAAUCGAGCACCUUUACAAGGCGGACUCCGAGCUUUCCCCGCUCGGUGAAGAGUAUGCUGAAAGACUGUGCAAGUUCUUAAGACAGCGACGUCGAGUGGUCAAACGAGAGGGCGAGAAAGAAAAUCGGCUGACCGUUUGGACCAGUUCCAGACGGCGAUGCAUCCAAACAAGUGGUCCGAUGGCCAAAGCGGGCUACAAAGUACUAGUGCGAUCCCAGAUGAACGAGAUCAAUCCUGGAGUUAUUGAUGGCAUGUCCGUGGCCGAAAUCAAAGAAAAGUAUCCUGAAGAAUACAAGAAAUCGUUGACCGAACCGUAUGCUCAUCGAUAUCCCAGAGCGGAGUCUUAUCAUGAUCUCUCGGUUCGCUUAGAGCCAAUCAUUUUCGAAGUCGAGAGGGAUCGCUCAGAUUUGUUCAUCAUCGGUCACGCUAGUGUGAUCAGAUGUCUAUUCGCCUAUUUGAAAGGUCUUCCGCCACACGAUAUUCCCCUAGUCAGCAUCAGACGGGGCCAACUGAUUGAGGUGACCCCGACUUCGUACGGUGUUCAAGCCAGAACGCACACCUUUUGGACGCCGUCCGACAACCCAGUUUUGUACAAGUUCGUCAGCGAUGAGGACGCCUUCAACCACGCUCCGGAGUCGGAGCAAAAAGCCGAAGAGCUCAACAAAGCCAUCGCGCCUUUGGCCAUCUGA